AUGAGGGGGCCGAAGAAACCCCGUAAGCUUGCCGUAUCGGAACCUGACUCGGCGGCGUUAUGUAGCGCAACAGGAAAGCUGCCAUCCUCUCGGUACAAAGGGGUCGUUCCGCAGCCCAAUGGCAGGUGGGGAGCGCAGAUAUACGAGAGGCACCAGAGGAUCUGGCUGGGAACCUUCCAGACCGAGACGGAGGCGGCAAGGACCUACGACAUAGCUGCACUCAAGUUCAGAGGCAAGGACGCGGCGGUCAACAUUCUAAGCGUAUCGGGGCAGAAUGAGACGGAGGCCUGGUUCCUCGACUCGCACUCCAAGGCGGUGAUCGUCGACAUGCUCCGGAAGAACACAUACGACGACGAGCUGUCCAUGGCGAAGGCGAGCCGCGUCGAUGGCCGGACGCCGUCCCGGGCGAGACGGGACGGGUUGGCGAUGAACGGGGAGAGGGAGGAGCUGUUCGAGAAGGUGCUGACUCCCAGCGACGUGGGCAAGCUGAACAGGCUGGUCGUGCCGAAGCAGCACGCCGAGAAGUAUUUUUCGGCGUCCGCCGGCCGGAGGCACGAGGCCAUGCUGCUGAACUUCGAGGAUGAAGGUGGCCGGGUUUGGAGGUUCAGGUACUCCUACUGGAACAGCAGCCAGAGCUACGUGCUGACGAAGGGAUGGUGCAGGUUCGUGAAGGAGAAGAACCUGAAGGCGGGGGACGUUGUGACCUUUGGUAAGUCAAAAGGUCCGGAGAGGAUCAAUUUCGUAGGGUGGAGGCACGGCGUGAUGCGAGCCAACGCGCAUCCUGCACAGCCACCGUGGGACUGCACCAUCCGGCCGCCUCAACGGCCGGCCAAGUUGGUCCGGCUCUUUGGCGUCGACCUGCCAAGAACAACCGAUGCUCCUGGAGGUGGCUGUGGUGAGAGCAUCGUGGGUUUAGAGAUGGUGAGAAGUAGCCGCUACCACGACCAAAGCUGUUAG